UGCAGAUUAAACUACUAAAGAGAGAGACCAUUUCAAUAAUUUAAACUCUUUAAUUUAUUUAAGGAAAUUCACAUUUGGACCCCAAGAAUAUUUGUCCACUAAGUACCAAAAGCUGCCUUUUAUUACAAGGAGGAUUAGAGUAAGAAAUGUACGAAGGUGACGAAAGGAGAGGAAUAUUGUAGAAUAAAUCAUACACAUCGCAAAAGCUUUAGCAUCUAUACUAUUCCUCCUGAUCAUCACUUUUUCUAUCAUUACUGUCAGCAACAAAACAAAAGCAUCAGAACAAACAAAUGAAAAUCGCAUAACUAAAAAUAAAAAUUGUAGUCAACAAAACCCCUCCAAAAAAAAAAGAAAAAGAGAAUGCUAAGACUAAUCCUUCAAGAACACUCCAAUAAAUCCAUCUUCUUAACUGAUGUCCGACUCUAUUCUCUAUUGUUUCUGUUAUUGUUUUCCACCCAAUUUCACCAUAUCAUAGCCACCAUCUUCAUUUACAACGGAUGUUCCCAAGAAAAAUACCAACCAAAUUCACCCUACGAAACCAACCUCAACACUUUACUCUCUUCCAUCGUUAACUCAGCCUCACAAACCCUUUACAACAACUUUGCCUUAGGAAACGACACCUCCUCCUCCUCGUCGGCCCAGCCAGAUGGCGCAACCUUCUGUUUAUACCAAUGCCGGGGCGAUUUAAAGCCGGCCAAUUGCGCGACAUGUGUCGCAAGCGCAGUAAGCCAGAUAAACCUAAUCUGCGCUUAUAGUUAUGGAGCAACUUUGCAACUUGAAGGGUGUUUAUUGAGAUACGAGCACUUUGACUUCCUUGGGAAGCAAGAUACCAGCCUUAGGUUCAAGAAAUGUAGUGCAAGUGUGAGUAAUGAUGGGGAGUUUCUGAGGAGAAGGGAUGAUGUUAUAGCGGACUUGAUGACGGGUGCGGUUAACUCGGCUUUUCGGGUUAGUAGUUCCGGUUCGGUUGAAGGUUACGCACAAUGUGUUGGCGAUUUGAACCAGGCCGAUUGUUCUGCGUGUUUGGCUAAUGCUGCGGCUCAGUUGAAGACUCUUUGUGGCGCUUCGGCAGCUGGUGAUGUAUUUUUGGCACAGUGUUAUAUUAGAUACUGGGCUGCUGGAUACUAUGAUUCUUCCUCACCAGAUUCUUACAACGAGGACGAAGUAGGGAAAACGGUAGCCAUAAUUGUGGGAUCCGUAGCUGGGGCGGCCGUUCUUAUUGUAUUUCUUUCCCUUUGCCGAAAGGUUUUUGGUAAGUUCCCUUUGGCCUAAUUCUUUUUCUGAUAAUCGAUUUCUUUCGUGGAUUUCAAUAUUAUCGUUUAUCUUAUCAACAAACUAAAGCUGUAUGAUUCCCGAAUCUCAUGCAAAUUACAAAUUACAAAUUAAUAUUGCAGCCACCGGAAAAUGAUGUUGGCAAGUUGCUAGAAAAGGGGAACUCCACUUACCUUGUCCCGGGGAAGAGAAUCUCGUCAUCAUCAUUUCUUCUUUCUUUUAGCCUUUAUCAUCCAUUUCUUUUUUAGUUCAGAAGAAAUUCUGGCAUAAGGUUUUCAAUUAUUUCCACGGUAUUGCACACUUAUCAACAAGCGCGGCCCUUUACAAUUUGAUGGUACUUUUUUCCAGUAUGACUAAUGUUUAUUUUACAUUUUUUCGAAUAUAUCUUUAUUAGAGUUACACCCACUUUAACAAUUUCAAUACAACAUCGAUA